CUUUAUUUUAAUCCUCUUCUUCGUUCUUGGCAGUAAUAUGUGGUACUUACUUCUUCAGGUCAAAGCAAUAAUUUAAGCAAUAAAAAUUUGCUUCAUUAAAAAAAAUGAACAGAUUUGGCUUAUUCAAUGAAGAUAUACCAGAUCUACUCUUAGAUGUUGUACUACAAUUAUUUCCCAACUACUUGAUCAUCAUAACGACCACCCACAAGCAUGACAUACGAAGAUCUCAUAAAAUCAAUUGCUUUUCCCAUCUGAAUAUACAUAUAUAAUUAAUUAAGGAAAUAUUCAAAUCUAAUAAAAAGAUCGUUAUUGAGCUUCCAGCUUAGUGGAUAUUACUGAUCUAACUUGAAGUUAAUAAUAGGAGAAAUCCCAGGGUUUUCCUGCUUACUAUAAGCGUCUCAAGAGAUUGAGCAAUUUCUUAUGAAAUAAUUGAAAGUAUUAUUUAUUAUUUUAAUUACUCCAAGCUAUUCAAAGCACUAUUUGAUCGCUUCAUAGGGUUUUGAUCAAUUUUGGCAUCAUCAUCAUUUUUUGGAGGCCAUUCCAUUUAAGACACCAAAUAACUUUGUUACAAUCUUUUACGAACUCUAAAAGACAUCUAUCAUUGAAAACGAUUUCGUAUCAUUUAAUCUUUAUUCGUUCUUUUUUGUUUUUCUCUUUUUUUGCUUUCCUCUCCGUCUAAAAUAGGUUACGUUUUGCUUCAUGACUAACACAACUGAAAAUUUCCCACCAAAAGACUCACGGGAGUUUUUGAUAAAAUCCGGCAUUGCAGGUGGGUUUGCAGGUUGUGUUGCAAAAACCACAAUUGCACCAUUGGAUCGAGUGAAAAUUCUCUAUCAAACCAACCAUGAAGCUUAUCGUGGUUAUGCUUUUUCUCGUCAUGGGUUAACCAAAUCCAUAAAGCGUAUCUAUCGUAUAAGCGGAGUUCGAGGAUUGUUCCAAGGCCAUACGGCUACUCUUUAUCGUGUCUUCCCUUACGCAGGUAUAAAGUUUGUUGCGUAUGAACAGGUUCGUAGACUGCUCAUACGCUCAGAAGAAUAUGAAACUAACGGCCGGAGAUUCCUUUCCGGGUCUUUAGCUGGUAUUUGUUCUGUAUGUUUCACUUAUCCACUUGAAUUAAUUCGAGUCAGGCUUGCGUAUAUAACAGGAUCAAACAACAAGCCCAAACUUCUAAACGUUACAGGCCAAAUUUUGCAUGAACGUGAUUUUGGAAGUUUGAAAGAGAACCCUAUAAUUACUUCAAUUAGGAGACUUUCAAACUUCUACCGUGGUUUUUCUGUAACCUUAAUGGGGAUAUUCCCCUACGCUGGAAUGUCUUUCUUAGCUCAUGAUCUUGCUACAGAUUUUUUUCAUAAUCCUAUUGUGAAAAGGGCACUUCAUUCUGAAAAAGAUGAACGACAUUUAAGUACGUGGUCACAAUUAACAGCCGGUGCCCUAGCCGGUGUGUGUGGACAAACAAUUUCGUACCCUUUUGAGGUAUGUAGAAGAAAAAUGCAAAUAGGUGGUGUUGAAAGUCGUUCUCGAUUUUUAAAAUUACAAAAUGUUGUCAAGUCAACAUAUAGAGACGCUGGGUUGAGGGGCUUUUAUGUUGGUCUAACGAUCGGGUAUUUAAAAAUGAUCCCAAUGGUCAGUACGAGUUUUUUCAUAUAUACUAGAAGCAAAGCCUACUUGGGUAUUAGCUAGAAUUGAUGAGGAGAAUGUGUAUUGUUUUAUUUAAUAAAAAUUUAGACUUCUGUAUAUUAUGUCAACAAGUAUUGAAAGCUUGUUAUAUAUAUUU